AUGAAAGCUGCUGCUUCUCCCUCUAAAAUCGCAAAUCUCAGCUUCCCUUCUGGCCGUUGCGCACUAUUCUUCCGAUCACCGGCGAAUUUUUUGUCGCCGGCAUUGUCUUCCUCGAUACCAACUUCUCGUCGGAAGCUGACAAGAGGAAGAAGUGGUAUUGAAGGAUUGAUGUCUAAGUCUUUUUCAUCAUCGGCACAAUCAAUUUCAUCUCAACCGGAAUCGGAUUUAACUCAGGUUCAGUUACCUACUCCGAAGCCAAAACCUCCGCCUCCACAGUUUCCAUGGCUUAUCGUUGGUUUGGGUAAUCCGGGGAAGAAGUAUCAGGGCACUCGCCACAAUGUUGGGUUUGAGAUGGUGGACGCUUUGGCUGAUGCAGAAGGGAUAUCAAUGAACACCGUUAACUUCAAGGCCUUGUUUGGGAAAGGCGCUAUUGGAAAUGCACCGAUUAUGCUGGCUAAACCUCAAACUUUCAUGAACGCGAGUGGUGAGUCUGUUGCACAAAUUGUUUCAUUUUACAAAGUCCCGCUAAAGCAAGUACUUGUGAUUUACGAUGAUUUAGAUUUGCCCUUUGGUAAACUGCGUUUAUUGCCAAAAGGUGGUCACGGAGGGCACAAUGGGAUGAGAAGUAUUGUAGAUCGCCUCAAAGGGAGCCGCGAUUUCCCUCGUCUAAGAAUAGGGAUCGGACGGCCUCCAGGGAAGAUGGAUACAGCCAGUUACGUCCUUCGUCAGUUCAGCAGACAAGAACAGGACGAGUUGGAUCAUACAUUCCAAACCGGUGUAGAGGCAAUAAGGAUUCUUUUGCUUGAGGGGAUCAACAAAAGUGCAACCUUUGUCAAUACUCAAAAAUCUAUGGAACAGCUCAGUUAA